AUGUCCAGACCAGAGCGGGUCCGCGAAGCGUGGGCCCUGCGCCUGUUUAGCCGCGCCGAUCUCUCAGGAACAGAACAGGACAACACGAGGGAAAACGUCCAAGACCAGCCGAUUCGGCCUAGUGAUGCAAAUACCCGUCUUGCGCUGGCUUUUAUCGAAUUCCUAACUGAGUGCGGUGGUGCAGCGAAGGUUUGGCGAUGCAUUCGGUAUAGCCAGCAGCUGGAAAAGCGUAUGACAUAG